AUGGCUAGUGCAGGUGAUUGCUUUAGUGAUUUUGAAGACGAUGAACUAGAUAAGCUGUAUGAAAAGGCUAUCAACAAGACCGUCCAAGAAACCGUAAUAAGACGAGCCGUACCGGUCCAGAGAGAUCUCAAAAACAACGUUUUGCCUGGUCAGAAAAGUGUAUACGAAGAAAUACAAAGAGAUGUUAGUUUUGGCCCUACACAUCAUGAGCUGAAUCAUGAUGCUUUAUCUUUUUACGUGUAUCCUACAAAUUAUGAGCUAAGAGAUUACCAGUACACCAUUGUUUAUAAAUCAUUGUUGCAAAACACGUUAUGUGCCAUUCCAACAGGUUUGGGUAAGACAUUCAUAGCCAGUACUGUAAUGUUAAAUUAUUUCCGUUGGACUAAAACCGCAAAAAUUAUUUUCACUGCUCCCACAAGACCCCUGGUGGCUCAGCAAAUCAAGGCGUGCUUGGGUAUAACAGGCAUACCCUCGGAUCAAACUGCCAUUUUACUGGACAAAAGUAGGAAAAAUAGAGAAGAAAUUUGGGCUAAUAAGAGGGUUUUCUUCACUACACCACAAGUGGUGGAAAACGAUUUGAAAAGGGGUGUAUUGGACCCCAAGGAUAUUGUGUGUCUUGUCAUUGAUGAAGCUCACAGAGCCACUGGUUCCUAUGCCUAUACGAAUGUGGUUAAGUUCAUAGACAGAUUUAAUUCAUCAUAUAGGCUAUUGGCAUUGACCGCCACCCCGGGUUCUGAUCUGGAAGGUGUACAAGAAGUGGUCAAUAAUCUAGAUAUUUCCAAGAUUGAAAUUAGAACUGAAGAGAGUAUGGAUAUUGUCAAAUACAUGAAAAAAAAAACAAAGGAAAAGGWCGAAGUACCGCUUUUAUUAGAAAUUGAAGAUAUAAUUGAACAAUUGGGUAUAGCAGUCAAACCUGUGCUUCGACAAGCAGUAGAACUGGGCAUAUACGAAGAAUGUGACCCAUCACAGAUAAAUGCCUUUAAGGCCAUGCAGCAAAGUCAAAAAAUCAUUGCUAACCCCACCAUACCUGAAGGAAUUAAAUGGAGGAAUUUCUAUAUUUUGCAGCUUUUAAAUAAUGUUGGGCAAAUGUUGAAGAGAUUGAAAAUUUACGGUAUAAGGACAUUUUUCAACUAUUUUCAAAAUAAAUGUAUGGAAUUCACUACGAAAUAUAACCUAAAAAAAUCUACUAAUAAAACUGCGGCUGAAUUCUACUACCAUCCAAUUUUGAAGAAUAUCAAAAAGCAAUGUGAGCAUUAUCUAAAUGAUCCGAAAUUUGUGGGCCAUGGUAAACUACAAUGCGUCAAAGAUGAAUUAAUGGAAUUUUUCCAAGAGAGAGGCUCCGACUCAAGGGUUAUUAUUUUUACAGAAUUGAGAGAAAGUGCACUUGAAAUUGUCAAAUUCAUAGACUCUAUAACUGACGAUCGAAUCAGGCCUCAUAUUUUUAUUGGACAAGCUCGUGCAAAGGAAGGUUUUGAUGAAGUCAAAUAUACAAGGAAACAUGCGCCAAAGGGGAGGAAGAAGGCCGAAAGGUUAAAAAGGCAAGAAGAAGAUGAAUCCUUGGAAGCUCAACGACGUAAGAAUGUGGAUAAUGAUAAAUUUGAAAGAAGUGCAAGACGGACGGGGAGCUCGGAAGAAGCACAGAUUAGUGGGAUGAACCAAAAAAUGCAAAAGGAAGUUAUCCAUAAUUUUAAAAAAGGUGAAUAUAACGUCCUAGUUUGUACUUCUAUUGGUGAGGAAGGUUUAGAUAUUGGUGAAGUUGAUUUAAUCAUUUGCUAUGAUACUACAAGUAGUCCAAUCAAAAAUAUCCAGCGUAUGGGCAGAACCGGUAGAAAACGAGAUGGUAAAAUAGUAUUACUGUUUAGUAGCAACGAAUCAUACAAAUUUGAGCGAGCUAUGGAAGAUUAUUCAAGUCUUCAAGGACUGAUAUCUAAACAGUGCAUUGAUUACAAAAAAUCAGAUCGAAUAAUCCCUGAAGAUAUCAUUCCUGAAUGUCGGAAGACCCUCAUUACGAUUAAUGAUGAGGACGAAGUAAUUAAUGAAAUGGAGGAUGUUGAUGACGUUAUUCGUUAUGCUACUCAGUGUAUGAUGGGCAAAAAGCCGAAGGCAAAAAAGACUAUAAUAAGGAAAAAGAAGGUUAAUGAAAUUAAAAAUAAGAAAAAAUUUUUCAUGCCUGAUAAUGUUGAAACAAAUAUUGUUAGUGCAAGCAGUCUACUCAAUAAGUUUGUAGUGGACAAAAGUGGUGAGAAACAACUAGUAACAAAGAACGAAAACACUAAUAAAAAAAGAAGAGUUUUCAAAGCUUUAGAUGGUUUAGAGAAUGAUUCAACAGAGGAAGCUUCUUCUUCUCUGGAAACUGAGGAUGAAGAAAUGAGUGAUAAGGAUGAUGAUAUGUUCAUCGCCAAUGUUCAAAACCUAGCCCCAAAAAAACUAAAACUUACUACUGACUAUGAUAGGAAGAUUAUAGCACAAUCUAAAGAUCCUUCUAAUUUUGAUAAUCCUAGUAUGGCUACAUUUGUGAACGGUCACAGUUUCCCAAUGAAAAGUGACAAGGAACUGAAAAUUCCAGAUUUGAAAGAUAUUAAAGAGCAGACGCAUGCUCUUAACAGCACUGGUGACAAGAACAACCUUGCAUUGAAUUCAGAUGAAAAGGAUUUAUUCAGGGAUCACUAUGUACCAGAAGGCGCUUCUUUUGAGGUUGAGCCAAAUCUUCUACAGUUUAAUAAGGAGGCCAACGUGCCACACUGCCAGAAGGUUUCCGGGGUCAUCUCAUUGUUCGAUGAUGAGAGGAAUGAUGAUAAGAAGAGAACAAUUGAGAUGAACUACACCAAAUGUUUGGCGAGAAACAUGGUACGAGACAUGCAAAAGGCCUCAGAAGCCCAAAAUAAGAGUCAGACAGAAAAUAGUAACAGUAUCAGCUAUGAAUCAUCUCAGUCUUUGACUUUAUCGAAUGCAGAAUUGGAUGAUAUACUAGGUUCAGAUUCGGAUUUUUAA